UGAAGAAUCAAGCAACAUACCUCUUGUGGCAGCAUUUGCAUGUCAGUUUAUGUGGAAGCACCAGUCCUGGCACCUCACCUCCCUGUCUAACCCCACCCAUCUGCCUACCCUACCUAUCCUCCACGUACCCUCCAUGCAAACCCUCAAACCUACUAUAAAUCCCCACCACCACCACCACUCUUCCCUCACCCACCACCAUCACACCAGAGAAUUAAUCACCCACAAUGGCAAAGCUUGCAAUCCUAGCACUAGCCCUCUUUGCCCUGAUCGCCCUCGACCAAGCUUCCGCUUUCCGCACCGCCAUCACCACCACCGUGGACAAGGAAACAGCAGCGGCAAACCCCCGAGGAGAGUCCCAGCAACAGAGCUGCCGUGAGCAGUUCCAGCAGCAGCAGCAGCUCCGUGACUGCCAGAGGUACAUGGCGCAGCAGGCACAGCGAUUUGCAAACCCGAAGCGCCGCGAGCAAGGCCUUGACGAAUGCUGCGACCAGUUGGAGAAAAUGGACCAGGACUGCCAGUGCGAGAACUUGAGGGAGGCGGUAAGGCAGAAGCAACAGCAGGAGGGAGAGAUGAGGGAAGAGGAGAAGAGAAAGAUGGAGCAAGCGGCCGAGGACUUGCCCCGGAGGUGCGGUUUCAGCUCACAGAGAUGCCAGAUUGAAGCUAACUGGUUCUAAAUGAGGUGUGUUGCGUUGUGUGCAAUGUAAUAAUAAAGGUCACCACUGCUCUAAGCUGGGAUUUAGCCAAGUUAUGAUGGUGGUGGUGACCAUCUAGAAAUAAGCACAUUAUCGUGUGUAUCUUGUAAGUGUUGUUGUUGUUGUUUUUAUUUAUG